UGAGUUCAACUUGGUUUUGAACACUUUCAACUAAAGACGAAUUCGGCUCAAGACAGUUGGUUAUGAUGAACUCUAAACUGGUACUGCUCAUUUUUCUUGGCCUGUUUGUUGUAAGCCAAGCCAAGUCAUUGCGUAAUUAUUAUGAUCCCGAGGUAAAACCUUCCCUUUCCCCGAACCCUGCAGGUUUACUUGAAGAACUUGUUUCUUCUCCAACAAACAAGUGGAAGCAAAUCUAUGGAAAGCGAGUUCUAUCUUUCCAAGGCUCAAAAGGCAAUUUGAAGACACCGGUUCCCGACUCGCUAUAUACAGUUAAACCUGCAUAUGGUAUCAUAUGGUAUAAUAAAGUAGGCCGCCUGCCCAAAGCUUAGUACUUCCGCAAUUAUAUUCCUAGCGAAUAAAAGCAACCUUAUCUUAUGUUGUAAUGAUAGUGUUUUUUGAAAUGCUUGAAUAAAAUAAACAAGGCUGAUCAUAUGGAACCUUUAA